ACAGGGUUGGAGCUUGGCUUUGGAACGGUUGCAUGUGGUGCUUACAGUCAGCUUCGGUACGAUUUGACCUGACGACGCCGGACAGCCCAGCCUAACGGUUGUCAAACAUAUCCCAAUGACAGUUCGUGGCUCGCUGGAGAAGUUCGAUCCACGCGGAUUACUUUAACGCUCUUUAUGCGGAUCCGACUUGGGUGGUAGUGGAGAAGCACUUCGGAUCUCAUGCUAUUAUCGGCCGGGUGUACAUAUAAGAGGAAGAAACACGACGCAGAUUCUCUCUAAGCCUAUCGAUUGCGAUGUCCACCGCCCCUCAGCCUUUGAAGUUUCAGAGACUCGCCGCCCUCUUCCUCUCGUUCGCCUUCGCCGUCGUUGGCUUGGGAGUGAGCAUCAAUGCGAGAGUCAAGGCGAAUCAAGUGUUGAAGCAAGUUUACGACGCGGCACCCCAGGGCACAGUCGUGAAUGUCGACACCAAAGAUAUCUCCGACGUGGGAAUAGUCGUUCUCACUGGCUGCGCCCUCCAAGUGGCCCUUUCUGCCCUUUUCAUUGUAUUCGUAUUCUUUCCCCGCCGCACCACUGCACUUUUCCUUCGGAUCCAGGGAUGGCUUCUCUACUUUUGCGGCCUUUGGCUGCUGGCGACCCUCAUCCCAUUUGACGUGAUCUUUGCGACACGUCAAGCCAACGUUACCGCUACGCUAAACGGAAUACCUGUUCCGGCAUCUGAGGUCCAAAACAUGGAGGAAGCUCUCGGACUGAGCCCGUACUACAAGGAUGCUUGGUACUUGAAACUUGUGGCCAUACUACCUUGGUUCGCAUUUCCGUUUGCGGUCCUCGCAGGAUUCGUUCUGCAAUUUGCAGCUGGCCAAAUCACGUUUGGCAGUUCCCAAACUAACGAGAAGGAACCUUGAGAGAUUGUCCAGAUAUGAUUUGACUGCGGUUUGACGUCACCCUGAUGUACAGCUACGAAUCUCAUCAUGAAGUUUAAUGAUCAUAAUCAUUUUGAGCUCACUGGACGGUCACCGGUCACUCCUGUCGCGAGACAUCGCACUAUCAUGUAUUAAGCCACCAGCGGUGUUCCUCUGCAACGUAAG